UUAUUCCAUACGUUAGUUCUCCCCAAGAUCAAAAACACGUUUGUAGGCCCAAUGAUUGUUGUGACUGCUUGUGAUGGAUGUUUACGUUAGUAAGUCUUUGUCGUAAUUAUUUUCAGGACUGAAGAGGAAGAGCAGCAGGAGGAGGGGGGUGAAAAGUAUUUUCGUGCAGCUGGGUUUUCUUUUCUUUUUUUGUUAAUGAAAAGCGAAAAGGCAGGAGGCAGGCCCGUCGCGUGUGUCGGCUCUGGCUGGUGUCCGACCCGAGGCUCAUCAUCUCGCCUGUUGGCGCAUGCAGGUGGCACCGGACCCGCGCGAGGAUUAUGACCCUGGAAGGAGAGCUCGAACUCAUGGAGAGGGCAGAUGCCGACGUGGAUGGAAAAAGGAACAAAGCUACACGGAACGAGGGGUAUGUAUCUUUAACCAAAGGAGACGGGGCCGAUUUGGAGCAGCAAGGCGCUGCGUCCUCGUCUCCAAAACAGCCAGCGAAGGAUACGGAGGAUGAGGGUGACUUUACGCCGAACUGUACAGAGAGAAUCGCUGCCUCGGUGAAACCUCCGUACUCCUACAUCGCUCUUAUCACCAUGGCAAUCCUCCAGAGCCCGAAGAAAAGACUGACUCUCUCGGAGAUAUGUGACUUCAUCAGCCAGCGCUUCACGUAUUACGGGGAGAGGUUCCCGGCGUGGCAGAACUCCAUCCGUCACAACUUGUCCCUCAACGACUGCUUCGUCAAAAUGUCCCGCGAGCCCGGUAACCCCGGGAAGGGGAACUACUGGACGUUAGACCCUAUGUCGUCUCAUAUGUUCGAGAACGGGAGCUUCCUACGGCGGAGGAAACGUUUCAAACGGCAGAAUUACCGAUUUGGGAUGAUGGACACCCGGUGCCCGCUCGAGCGCAGUAGCGUGCUCCCUGGAUUUUCCUUCUACGGGACGAACGGAAUAGGGCCGUGUCAUUUUCAGGUACCCGGUUUGGAAUUGUACCGUCACUUGGGCAUCGAACAUCAUUCUGUUUCUAACCAAAGCAUCCCACCAAUGAGCAGCAUCUUGCCGGCGCUCUCCUCACUUUUAUCAAGGAAUUCGAACGUUGUCCAAAAGACAUUUCUUCCACAUCCGUCUCUUAGCUUUGAGAAUUUCGAAACGACGCGCCGCUCAGCCUCCACGGUGGCCCAAGCUUUGGUCCCCGGAUCUUCAUUUCUGUCCCCGGCCUCGCUCCAUUCAAUGGGCGCUCCGCAUCUCUGGAGCUUUCAUCCCGAGUACCACAAACUACGUGCUCUCCCCAACUCCAGCCAUAUAGCAAAUGAACUCUUGCAGCAACUUGGUGACAAAUAGCUUAAUCAAAAGUGUUUUCUGUAUUGACGAGGAUUCAUCAGGGAAAACCACCUUUCAUAGAUUUGUAUCUAUUCAAUUAAACAAAUGCUUCAAAUGAAAAAAAUGUUUUGAAGAUGUGUCAAUUGAGUCAACAUUUUUAACAAUGUUAGUGGCCAACCCAAAAAAUGUUUUGCAAUAUAAAUGUUUGAGGCCUAUAUUUUGUGUAAAUAAGCACUUUAUAAUUAAAUGUUUUCAUUUGGCAUUUGGCAACAUCAUUAAUUGUAAUGUUGAAAACAACACUAAAUGUAAAAAAAAAAUCAAAUUGAACAUGUCAGAUUUAUUAUACAACUUCUCUUGAUUCACUAACGCAGAACCUCUCCGAAUUAGCCUAAUCUCCCAAAUGUGCCAAUCUUGCCAGUGGCAAAUGUAAUCUCUAUACUUUGACAAUGUUAUAUUUUGCCUUAUUUAUCUUUAAGGCGAAGUGUGUUUUCCUACACUGUGGAAUCAAAAACACACAAAAUAUUUGGAGCGCAAACAACGUGGAGCCCUGAAACAUAAAACCACAAGUUUUCAAUAGCCUUUUAUUUUCAAAGGUGCCUGGUCUUAUUUUUGUUCAAGUUGACAAUAUUUGGUUUGAUUGACUGGCGUUAUAAUUUUUACAAAUUAUCAUUUGAAAAUGUUUCAUUCAGUAGCUUAAUUUCUGCUACAUUUGGCCAUGCCUGCGUGGCAGAAAAUAUGAGCUUCACCUGCUUGGGCACGCGAGUGGAAACCGUUUAAAUGUGACGACAUCAUUGAGUUUAUUUGAUUUUACUCUUCGUGUCAACGUGUGAUUGAUUUCCACAUAUAUAUAUAUAUAUAUAUAUAUAUAUUUUUUUAAAUGUGUAAUGUAUAUGCAAGAUCUCACAGUGCACACACACAUCUGCCCAUCUCUCGCUCGAGUUUCUCUGUAUGCGCGUGUGUGUGUGAAUCGGUGCGUGUCCUGCACCCCUACAUGUAUUAGAAGGCAUUCCACAGUCAAAGCGAACGCCUUCGUAUUAUAAAGGCCUACAGUUCCAAAUCCGGCACGCUAAAUAAGUUAUGAAACAUCUGCUUGUUCUGUAAUGUUGCUACACGAUUAACCAGACGCAUCUAGAGAGAUCCAGCCUACAUUAAACAUCACAUUGUUAUA